CCCAUUUGAGAUAACUCCGAGAAAUUUCCCUUUUGUAGUAGACGAGGAUGAUUAUCCCAAUUACUAUUUAAAUGGGCUUAAUUCCCCUUGUACUCGCCGAAAGGGUAGACCGCCACAGUUGAAACAGACAAGAAAAUGACAGUUGACGCAGAAAUCAAGUAUAACAAUUUAGGUAGUUCCGGAUUAAAGAUCGCUCCAAUUAUCGUUGGAUGCAUGUCUUAUGGUUCCAAGGCUUGGAACGACUGGGUUAUUGAAGAUGAAGAAGAAGUAUUGAAAAUUUUGAAAAGGUGUUAUGAUGUUGGUUUACGUACUUUCGACACUGCUAAUGUUUACUCCAAUGGUAGAUCCGAAGAAUUGCUCGGUAAAUUCCUCAAAACUUACAACAUUCCUCGUGAUAGAGUUGUUAUUUUGAGUAAGGUUUUCGGCCCUGUAAAUACCGAAGAUCCUAACUUUUCAUUUGCCACUGCUGCCAAUUACCCAGCUAUCGAUUGGUACAACUCCAAGGGUUUAUCCCGUAAACAUAUUUUUGAUGCCGUUAAGGGAAUUCAACAAAGACUUGGUACUUAUGUUGAUGUGUUACAAAUCCAUAGAUUGGAUCAUGACACCCCAAAGAAGGAAAUCAUGAAGACUUUGAAUGAUAUUGUUGACCAGGGUUAUACCAGAUACAUUGGUGCGUCAUCUAUGAAAGCAGUUGAAUUUGCUCAAUUGCAAUUUAUUGCCGAACAAAAUGGAUGGCACAAGUUCAUUAGUAUGCAAAAUUACUACAAUUUGAUUUAUCGUGAAGAAGAAAGAGAAAUGAUUCCAUUCUGUCAGGAAGGUGAUUUUGGAGAUGUCGGUAUUAUUCCAUGGUCACCAAUUGCAAGAGGUAUCUUGGCUCGUCCAAAGAAUUGGCCAAAAAGCACAAGAGACAAGACCGACUUUGCUUUGAAAUAUUUGCAUUUAUCUGAUUUACCUGAACAGGAUCGUGAAAUUGUCAACCGUGUAGAAGAAUUGGCCAAAAAGCACAAAGUCAGUAUGGCUGUUCUUGCUACUGCUUGGGUUAUCAACAAAGGCUGCAAUCCAAUUGUUGGUCUUUCUUCUGUAGGUAGAGUUGACGAUAUUAUUCAUGCUGCCAAUUUAACCUUGACUCCUGAAGAAACCAAAUAUUUGGAAGAACCAUAUAACCCAAGAGCUGCUAUGUUCUAAAUGUUACAUCUGUAAUUCUUCGUUGCGUGAGUCAACAGUUACUGUUUGUUUGCGGUAUUUAGAAAACUAUACAAUUAUUAUAAAUCAUCUUCCAUUCAUCCACGGUUACUUGCUUCCUUGGUGAGUCAUUGGUCUUGAGAUUAAGCCUUGUUGUAAACCCCCCCUAUCUCUAUCGCAUUUGUAAGCAAAAAUAACCUUCGCACUCUUUUAUUUGUUUCCGACAAUAAUUACCACAAAAGUAAAGGUGAUUCGGAAGAACCCCGCCGGUCCGCGCUUCUCGGGGCGAUCCCUAUAAAAGGCUCCUGAAUUUUCCACUUGAUCGAAUUAUUCCAUUGCUCAAUAGUGCCAACAAUAUGUCAAUUGAACUCAAGUACAACAACUUAGGAGAAUCAGGAUUAAAAAUUGCUCCCAUCAUUGUAGGAUGUAUGUCCUAUGGUUCCAAAGCAUGGGCAGAUUGGGUUUUAGAAGAUGAAGAAGAAAUCUUCAAAAUCUUGAAGAAAUGUUACGAUGUUGGUUUACGUACUUUCGACACCGCUGAUGUUUAUUCCAAUGGUAAAUCAGAAGAAUUGCUUGGAAAGUUUCUUAAAAAGUACAACAUCCCUCGUGAUAGAGUUGUUAUCUUAAGUAAGGUUUUCUUUCCCCUGGAUCCAAACACUCCUGGGUUUAAUCUUGCUAAAGAAGGCCAAUUCCCAGCAAUUGAUUACUAUAAUUCUAAGGGGUUGUCUCGUAAGCAUAUCUUUGAUGGUGUUGAAGCAAUUAAGAAGAGACUUGGAACUUAUGUUGAUGUGUUGCAAAUCCACAGAUUGGACCAUGAAACUCCAAAGAAGGAAAUUAUGAAGGCAUUGAAUGAUGUUGUUGACCAGGGUUAUACCAGAUACAUUGGUGCUUCAUCUAUGAAAGCAGUUGAAUUUGCUCAAUUGCAAUUUAUUGCUGAUAAGAACGGAUGGCACAAGUUUAUUAGUAUGCAAAACUAUUACAACUUGCUUUAUCGUGAAGAAGAAAGAGAAAUGAUCCCAUUCUGUCAGGAAGGUGAUUUUGGAAAGGUUGGCCUCAUUCCAUGGUCACCAAUUGCCAGAGGUGUUUUGAGUCGUCCACUUAGUGCUUCUUCAGUGAAUAAGAGAAAUGAAUCAGAUAAGUCAUUCCAAAGAUUACAUUUGGACGAUUUGCCAGAAGCAGACAAGGAAAUUGUCAACCGUGUUGAAGUUCUCUCCAAGAAACGUGGUGUCAGUAUGGCUGUUGUUGCCACUGCUUGGGUCAUUAGCAAGGGAUGUAACCCUAUCGUUGGUCUUUCUUCUACUGCCAGGGUCGAUGAUAUCUUAGGUGCCACAACAUUCAAGUUAUCUGAAGAAGAAAUCAAGUAUUUGGAAGAACCUUACGUUGCUAGAGCUUUCAUGUUAUAAGCGUAUAUUUACAUAUAAUGGACAUAAAAUAUUGUUACAUAUCUCUUCCAGACGAUCUAUUGGAGUGCCUGGAAGAAGUUCUAUGCGCUGCAUGUAAACUUUCUUCCUCGUCUUCAUCAUCACUUUCAUCAUCUGCUUGAGUAGCAACUUUUCUUCUUUGGAAAUCUUUAAUAUGGGCAGUAUGCAACGAUUCCGAAAUUGUUUGGAAAGUACUCUUUCGACGAGUAAGUUGAGGAAGCGCUGAACGAACAGUAUCCAAUCUAAUUUGACUAACUUCGUCGGAAUCUAUCUCCUCUUCGUCUCUAGCCAACAGACCAGUAGAGUAGGGUGUCUGGGUGACACCGACAGUUUCCUGCGGCUGAGUACUGACCUGUUCAACCAAAAGAGGCUCAGUGGUGUAUUUCAACAUCACCAAUUUUUUAAUUGCCCGCUGAACUUUAGGCGAGAUAGAGUAUGGCAACGGUGUAUCCUUGGAUGCUCGGAACAAAAUCACGUUACUGCAAUGUUCAUUCUCCAUUCUAAAAAAAAUCCAAAUAAAACGACGAAUAAUCUCAGCCACAGCAAUGCAGAAACUGGUCACUGCCGAUUGUUGAAUCUGAUGACUGAAAAAUGCAUAAAAGAUCCACUGGAACCGCAAAAUGACAUCCACAAUCAUAGCCAGGUAGUAAUAUAUCGGUCUCUUAUAAAACAAAUGAUCACGAAGCAAGAAAUUCUUGGACCCACUUUGCAUAAGUGACCAAUCCAUAAAAAUAUCCCAUGCCGAAGUAUACAAUGAGUUGAUGCAUGCAAACAAAAUAAACGUUGAUUUGUUGGCAUUGUUUCGUUCUAUACGAUACAUGCUCAAUGUAAUUUGAUAAAGUGCCGACAUAGUAUAUUUCAUCAUAUUUGCUAAAUGAGGGAACCAGUCCCCGGUGUCCAUAUAACGACGGACACACUGUAAGAAUCUCCAUAUACUGGGUAACGUACUGCAGAAUCCCAUAAGUCUUGACUUUCCUGAUCCACAGACAUUAUCCUCGCCGGGAUUACCUGAUAAUGCACCAUUCCAAUGAUGGGCAUAUAUGCAAAAGAAGAAGGAAAUGUUACCCAUGGUAUAAGUUAGUGAACAGACAAUGUCACCGAGGAAGAAAUCACGGAAUUCAACAGGAUAGAAUCCAGAAAGCAAAAGUCUCCAAAGGGCAACUUGUAACCAUCUUCUGCUAGAAGAGUAAAAUUGAUUUCCAGGCCAGAUGAAUACCAAUACUAUUAUUCCCAAGUAUAACCACGGCCAAUCUCUUCCUGCAAAUGCCGACGGCCAGAAAUCAUGAACACUGAACCACGUUAGAAUACAAAGCAAUGCAAACCCAAGAGAAGGUAAUAACCAAAACUGUUUAUAAUUCAUCACUGUUGACAUAUUGAAUUCAAAAAUAAAUUUGUAGUUGAUCUUGUAUUUAUCAAAAACAGCCAAGUUCACUCCAAAUAGUAUAAACAUCAACAUUAGAAGGAAAAAUCCAGCCCAUAUUUGAAGCAAGUAUUUCCCCUCUGGCAAAAGUCCAGUAAUUAUGUUGUGAAUUGCGACAUAUAUUGCUGUUCCCAACAAUGGAAUACCAAACCCAAGAGCAAAUCCCGAGGUAAAGAAUUCCAGGUAGAAAUUUGGAGGUUUCAUUUCCGACGCAUUCAAUGCAUAUGCGAUAGAUUUCAAUUUUUCAAGUGAAUGCUUCCUGUCUUUGGUCUCGGGAUCAAAAAAGGCGAUAUAUGACUCUUCAACUUGGUUAAUUAACUUGUCUACUAAAUCACUGGUCAAGAAAUAGGCAUGGUUAUCAAUUCUGUUCAUGAACGCCUUC